GUAGUUAAUAUUAAGUUUUCUCUUCAAGGAUUUUUAUUCGUUGUAUUGGUUAUUAAAUUAUUGAUUAAUGUAUUUGAAAGCAACAUAUUUAAAUGAAUAGGAUUGAACUUUUAUCAUUAACUAUUUUUUGAGUAAUCAUCAAAGUACAAAAAUGUCUUCAGAGGAUCCUAAUUCUUGGAGAACACCCACUUUCCGACAAAGCAUGAUAGCUAAAAUAGAAGAAAAUAUACAAAAGUUUCAAAUACCAAUAGUAAAGAAUGCUAGUGAUAUGGAAAAUCAUGUAUUUAUGAAAGCCAAAACAAAGGAGGACUACUUGGGCUUUGUUGCUAGACUAAUUUUACAUAUUUCUCAAAUGAAUAAUAAAAAACCUGCUGGAACAAUGGCACCAGGAGCAAGUAAUACAAAUGCAGGAGUUCAACAAGGUAUGCCAGAUCCAAUUGGAGCAUUACAAACUUUAGCUCGUCAAGGUACAGGUAAUAAUGCAAAUAUGGGAAUGCCAGGAGGUCCAGGUCAAAGUCCACAAACUAUGGUUUCUCAACAAGCCCCAGGUACCAACACUGCUACAAAUCUCCUCCAAAGUUUAAAUCAAAGGCCUGGACAACCGAUGAAUAUGCCUGGAAUGCACAAUAAAAUGUCAGGAAUGAGUAUGAUGUCAGGUCAACCUGGGUGUCCACCAAUGGCUGUAAAUCAAAUGGGUCAAAUGCAAAAUAUGCAAGGAAAUCCAAUGUUAGCUCAAAUAAAUCAAAUGAAUCAAGCCAGUAUAGGACAACAAAUGGGAGCUCAGCCGGGUCAACCACAGCAAAUGGGUGGAGCACCAAUGAAUGUAUCGCAAAUAGGACAAAAUCAAAUGCAGGCUAUACAGAAUCAAAUGCAAAACCAAAUGGGAGGGCAUCAAUUAGGAGGGUCGAUUAACACUGGAAUGCAACCAGUUAUGACACCUCAACAAGGGCCGCAACAGCAGCAGCACAUGAAUCAAAUAAAUUCUGCACAAAUAGCUGCAAAUCAAUUAUCACAGACACAACUCAGUCAUUUACAGCGGAAACCAGUUGAGAUGAUGAACGCUGGAUUUCCAGGACCAAGGAAUGUCACACCAAAUCAAUUUUUGAGACAAAGCCCAUCACCUUCUGCUCCAAGUCCUGGAGGACUUGGAGCACCAACGCAAACAAAUCAAAUGGUAGCAUCACCAGCUUUAGUACCAUCUCCUAAUACUCAACAUACAAUGCUUGCUGGAGCGCAGCGUUCUGUAGCAAUGGCUCCUUCACCAAGUAGUUCAUUAAAUACACCUGCUGGUGCACUUGGUGCAACUCCUAGUCCAUUGCAAGAUGAUCAAACUUCUCAAGCAUACAAAGAUAAAGUUCGAAAACUUAGUAAAUAUAUAGAACCAUUAAGAAAAAUGAUUUUAAAAAUGACUAACGAAGGAACAGAUACUGAAAAAAUGAGUAAGAUGAAAAAACUUUUAGAAAUCUUAACAAAUCCUAGUUCAAGUACAAAAUUAGAUGUAUUACAGAAAUGUGAAGUAGUCUUAGAAAAAAUGGAUUUUAAGAAACUAGAAGCGGUAGGCCCUACAGUUCCGACUACAUUAAAAGAGCAUCAUUUUUUUACUCCUCUCUUAGAAGUAGUAAAUACACUCUUGCAGAGUCCAGUAGCCAAUCAUACUCUUCAUCGAACUUUCGGCCCAUGCUUAGAGGCACUAUUUGGACCAGAAAUUAAAAAUCUACCACCUCCAUUAAAGAAACAAAGGACUGAAGAAACUUCUUGUGAAAUACCUGAUGUUUUGCAGGGAGAAAUAGCUCGGCUAGAUCAACGAUUUAAAAUAAGCCUUGAUCCAGCGCAACAAAAUGGUUCGAAAUGCAUCCAGCUGAUUUGUUGGUUGGAUGAUAAGCAUUUACCGUGCGUACCACCUGUUCUCGUGAUCGUACCCACGGACUAUCCAACCAUCCCUCCACGUUGCGUUCUAACAAGCCAUGAAUAUACCACGACUUACCUUAGUGCAGUGCAAAAGGGCCUAGACGCACGAUUAGCUAAGUUACCCAAAAGAUUCUCAGUGUCACAACUAUUGGAUACUUGGGAAAUGAGUGUACGCCAGGCCAGCGCACCCAAAGCUUACAAUCAACACGUCGGUGUCUCGAUCGCAGCCAUGUUAACUGCUUCAACUGUGACGACUGCAACGACAACCACAACAACUGGAGUAUCAGUACCGGCUACAACAACAGCCUCCAAUGUAACUAAUGCCUUGGUUAAUGACAUAUCCACAAACAGCAUGAUUACAAUUUCUGGGUCUUAAAAGAUUUUCUAAAAUUUUGUAUAAUAGAGUAAUCUCUUUAUGGAAACUUGCAUUUUUUUUUU